AAACUGUGGACAUGGGCACCGCUGGCCCUCCGCCGUAGCCUCUGCCGCUUCCAACCACAUAUUCAUCUCCCUGCCCGCUGCCUCCAGCUGCGUUUCCCUCAACACUCGCCUUCUCCUACCACCGCCGCGCACCCCGAGUGAGUGUGCUGGAGCCUCGUGUAAUAAUCCCGCAUGCCGACACUGCCCAGCCGCUGUUAAUCUCGACUCGCACAACCUGCCGCACCCCUGCAACCCCGAGUCAUUACAACCACCAUAAUCGCUAUCGUACUGCCAGCCUGCCCUCUGUUGCUGCCUCCUCCUGGGCACUCCCUCCCCACUCGAACCGCACGAACCGACCGAUCGCAAUUGACGACUGCGAAUACCUCUCCUUCGAAGCCGACGCUCCGCCGUCCCCUCAGUUGAUCGCUGAUCGCCCGGAUUCAACCCUAUGCCUGAACUCCUCUCCACCUCCGCGACACGCAUCAUGGCCAACACCCAGGAGCCUUUCUCCUUUCUCCACGAGAACAUACCGGCAUGGUUCAAGAACGUCGCCGAGAUAGAGGCUAAGGUCGCUGGCCUCCAGUCAGAGAUCACAAGAGUGCCGGUUGCUGCGAUACCGAAGAAGAAGACAGCCUCCACAGAAUCAAUACCAGUCAACGACGAGAAUGCUAUUGGGACGAUUCAGGAAGAAGACGGCACAUCCGGCGUGGCCCGGCCAACACAGAUGCAGCUGAUGAAGAGGAAGAGGAAGCCAGGAUCCGUUCUUUCCGGGCACGCGUCAGGCCCAAUAAAAUACCGGUCGCGCACCAUGAUCAUCGUAUGGUACGAUAGCGAAGUACAGAAAGCGUUUGAGGCACUUGUAAGGUGUAUCGGCACUGGCCGGAACCUGCUCCGGAAAGGAAAGAUGGCAGCAAAGAUGGAGGCAUUGGCUGACAUGGCGAGCGCAUUCGAUGACGAUGGCGAUGAUGAUGACUCAACGGCGAAGGUCGGAUACAAGCCUCGCGUUUCCGGCAUGCCGAACUUCCGGUCAACACGCAGGAUGGGAGGCUCGGGUGGGGCUGCGGGUGGAGACUCCGGUGCGAAGUUCGAUGCUGCUGACAAGGAAUUGGAGAAGGCUCAGAGUUUGUGUGAGCGUGGUGCUCAUCAGUUCCUUCGCGAUGGCGACUGUCGGACGGAACUCAACGCUGUCCGGCAACACUUUGCGGAGGUCCAAAAUCUCAGCGAGCAGUACAUGUCAUCGCAAAGCAAGAUGGAUACAGUGACUGUCGAUGAAGUCAAAGUGGAGGUACCGAAGCAGUUGAAGCCGAAGCCAGUACAAGUUCCGACGAUCACCGAUCGAGUUCCAAUGGCAUCCAAGGCCAUCGAGGUAGACGAUGACGAUGAUGGAGAAGACUGGGUGUUGACGCCCGUCCGCCGCACAGCACGCGGAUAAAGCAAUAUGUUGCCGAUUGCCUAACACUGUUUGAGGUAUCUUCGCGAGCUUAGCAGCCAGUCAACCAUCUGCCUUGCUUGCUUCCUGCGAUUUAGCGAGUCGGACUUGUGAUUUUAUGGAGUUAUACUGGCGUUUCAUUAUGGGCAUCUCCGGAAUGGGUGGGGAAACUCGGAUGCCCUCACGCUCGACACGAAAUUCUGCAUCGAUCUCCCGGUUUAGCGUUUCCUGCAUGUUCGUUUUCUCUGCAUUUUCAAGGGGUCCCACGAUUUUAGGUGGGUGUAGCGACGGGAGUGAAAUUUACAAUGCCCUCUGUUUCUUUAGGGGCGGUCGUGCCCUUUUCACCUUCGCUCGAUAUCACUUUGUUUUCCAGAAAAGAUUGUAAUCACACUCGCUACCUAGUUUGAAUGUCAACCUUCGUA